GUGAAAUUUUUAAAUUAAUUAUAUUUUUAUUUCAUUAUGAUUUCAAUUUAAAUUUUAUCUGUUUAAAUUGUCAUCACGGCUUUUGGCAUAUCGGCCUUGCUGAACAUUCUCAUACCACCAUAACUAAUGUUUUUUAAUGCGCUGUUUUUUGCUCGUAAAUGACAUUUCGUUGCAAUUUGAACCAUCGCAGAUAGCAGUCAGACAACAAUUUGAUCUCUUCACUAAUAUGUCUGAUGUUGGGACCAAACGAAUGCCUGGUUAAAAAAAACAACUGUUUUCAAUAUGAAACGACACAGAAACAAAGAAAGGAAGGAUUUACGAGCUCAUAUGAAGGAGUCUUGAGCUUUCAUUUGUCGAUUAACGAGUUAAACUUAUUGAUGCAUAUCAAUUUUUGUUAUCGUUACAGACAAAAUACAAGCCAACGUAAAAAUAAAUAAACUAUUUAAUAUAAUUACACAAAGCAAGUUCCAAUCUCGCGGCUAAUUUUCAUCACAAAAAAUGUCAAAUAUUACAAGCAUGGCUAAUCAAAAAUUAAAAUCUCUUCACUUGAGAUAUUUAAAACAAUCAAAUGUCAAAUAGUCGUCAAUCAAAAUAAAGAUGGCUCAGGUGAGUUAUGGCCUGGCUUGAGAUUCUUUUACAACAAUGGCACCUGAAAAGGCCAUAACUACACGGCGCACUUUUUUCAGCAGCGUUUCACCAAAUUGAAUUCUACCAAACCAGCUGGAACUAAUUGAACAUAAAAACGCUCUUAUGUAAGUGAACUUUUGGUACUAAACCGAGAUCAAAAAAUCCAGACCGGUUAUAAAAACACAACACUGUAAACGCAUAGUUGCAAUUAGACUCUGUUUGAUUUAUUUUUCAUGAAUUAUUAACGAGUACUUCGCAGAGCAUAGGUAUUGUGUGUAGUCAUAAAACUGUAGUGGUACUGUUACUUUUAACAACACCAUCCAACAAAAAAAAACAAGAAAAAAAUCGAUAUGCAGACAACGAAACGCCAAACAAGCAUAACACGUAUGUCUUUGUCCAGCAUCAAUUAAAUUUUAUUGCAAUUUCCUAUUUAUUAUUCCUUUUACAGUGAUAGGAUACAUUAAAAUUGAAACAAUUAAUUAAUUGGAAAUCACUUCAGACAUUAAUCAAUAAAGCAACAACAUCAAGGGACUUAACAGCUGAUGACAGAAAACUAUUUACGGUGACUUAGUUUUAAAGGUAUGCUUUGUUGAUAUUCAGAGAUUUAAAAAAAAACGAAUUCAGCUUCACCAACUAUAUUGCUAUAUUUAUCAGGGUCCAAACGUCAUAUUUGUUUAUUCUUUCCGAAUUUUAUUUAUAUAGAGAAACACCCAAUUUACUUUUCUGAAUUAUAUAUUCUAGUUGAGGUUAUAAUGAUAGAAAUGGAAUUAUAUUCAACAUCAUCUGAUAAUUUUCUGAACCUCAACUUCACCUACCAAAAGGACCCUUUAACUAAGAACUCAUACGGCAAUUUCUACGAUACAAUGUCUCGAAUGGAGUUUCUUGAUAAAGAACUGAAACAAAUCGAUAAAAUCUGGCAACAUUCAAAUACCAGACUUCAUAAUCAACGACUGACUUCAAGUAGGGGCAAAGUAAGCCGACAAUCCACUCGACCGAAUGAUGAAACUAGUCCGAUUGCAACAAGAAAAAAUACCGUAGACGUGGUGACAUUAUCUCCUCGGCGAUCGAAGAAAUCGGCUCAGAAUAACCAGAAACAAGUCACAUUCAGCUCGGUUCCAGAGAGACACUAUUACGCGCCAGAUGAGAACUCGAGUUUAGAUCGAACCUCGGAAACAAGUUCGAACAGUCCACGAAGCGAUAUGCAAGGAAGACAGAACCAUAGAAGCAAAAGCUGUCAGAGCGAGAACAGAAAGCAGAUGCUAUUUAAAAGUCCGAUUGUGCAUGAGAUAUCCGACAAGUUGGACAAAUUAGAACGCCAAUUGGAUGGAUUCAAAUACUUACAACAGCGACGAAAUCAGUACUGGGUUCAUUCAAACUCAAGCCCAGUUCCAGCUCAUCACACUGACUCCGAGUUGACAACAUCAUCUCCCGUUCUAAGCAUCCAUGACGAAAACACAUCUCAACUGUCAUCACCAGGAUUUCUGCAUUCUUCCGUUAUGCUCGAACACAAACCUGUUAUAAUAUCCCAACAAAGACAGAAAAGUGCGUUGCUAGAAGAUAUGCAAAGCUACAGGCCUAAUCGAAGUGCGAGGACCAAAAACAUCAACAUCAUUCAAAAGCCGUUGAGCAGAACCGUAUUGACCGCUAAUUUGAAGGAUGAUUCUUACACGAGAAACCAACCUGUGGCUACGCAACCAACUAAAAAACUCGAUCAUCACUCAAACUUGAGAUCACAAAAAGGAAAUGAUCAAAAAAACAUUGCACCAGUACACUACAGCAUUCAACCCGCUGGUAGUCAAUCAUCAGAUAAGAUGGAAACUAGUUACGUGAAGGAUAAAAAUUUCACACACAAAUUGCGACUCAUUCGGUCACGUGACUCGAUGAGAGAAAUUCAGAACUUAAAUGGAGACAUUCGCAGCAAAAUAGACGAACUGAGACAAAUUAUGCAUUCUCAUCCCGCAGAAUGAUUAUAGAUAUAAUAUUAUAACCAUUAGUAGACC